CCCACUACAGAAAACUAUUUAAGGCGCUGCAAAAGUCAAAAACACCGAUUAUUGUCUCAGUGCAGUUGUCAGUUGCAGUUCAGCAGACCGGUCAACGAGUACUUGCAUUUCUUUAAAUUUAAAUUGAUCAAAUCGAAGGAGCCAGCUUAAGAAGUCACCAUGUCGACUACACUGACCAACAAGAACGUCAUUUUCGUGGCCGGUCUGGGAGGCAUUGGCCUGGACACCAGCAAGGAGCUGGUCAAGCGGGACCUCAAGAACCUGGUGAUCCUGGACCGCAUUGACAACCCGGCUGCCAUUGCCGAGCUGAAGGCAAUCAAUCCCAAGGUGACCGUCACCUUCUAUCCCUACGAUGUGACCGUGCCCAUUGCCGAGACCACCAAGCUGCUGAAGACCAUCCUCGCCAAGCUGAAGACCGUCGACAUCCUGAUCAACGGAGCUGGCAUUUUGGACGAUCACCAGAUUGAGCGCACCAUUGCCGUCAACUACACCGGUCUGGUCAACACGACGACGGCCAUUAUGGAGUUCUGGGACAAGCGCAAGGGCGGCCCCGGUGGCAUCAUUUGCAACAUUGGCUCGGUGACGGGUUUCAAUGCCAUCUACCAGGUGCCCGUCUACUCCGGCACCAAGGCCGCCGUGGUCAACUUCACCAGCUCCCUGGCGAAACUGGCCCCCAUUACCGGCGUCACAGCUUACACCGUGAAUCCCGGCAUCACCCGCACCACCCUGGUGCACAAGUUCAACUCCUGGCUGGAUGUGGAGCCCCAGGUGGCCGAGAAGCUGCUGGCCCAUCCCACCCAGCCCACACUGGCCUGCGCUGAGAACUUUGUGAAGGCCAUCGAGCUGAACCAGAACGGUGCCAUCUGGAAACUGGACUUGGGCACUCUGGAGCCCAUCCAGUGGACCAAGCACUGGGACUCGGGCAUCAACAGAAGUCGUCGAAAGCGGGAAAGAAUGUUCGAUUUGACGGGCAAGCAUGUCUGCUAUGUGGCGGAUUGCGGAGGAAUUGCACUGGAGACCAGCAAGAUUCUCAUGACCAAGAACAUAGCGAAACUGGCCAUUUUACAGAGUGUAGAGAACCCACAGGCCAUUGCCCAGCUACAGUCGAUCAAGCCGAGUACCCAGAUAUUUUUCUGGACCUACGAUGUGACCAUGGCCAGGGAGGAUAUGAAGCAGUACUUCGAUGAGGUGAUGGUUCAAAUGGACUAUAUCGAUGUGCUGAUCAAUGGAGCGACUUUGUGCGACGAGAAUAACAUUACUGCCACCAUCAAUACAAAUCUAACUGGAAUGAUGAACACUGUGGCCACGGUUUUGCCCUAUAUGGACAGAAAAAUGGGCGGAUCUGGUGGUCUGAUUGUGAAUGUUACCUCUGUCAUUGGAUUGGAUCCAUCGCCAGUCUUCUGUGCCUACAGUGCUUCCAAAUUCGGUGUGAUUGGGUUUACGCGAAGUCUGGCGGACCCUCUUUACUAUUCCCAAAACGGAGUAGCUGUCAUAGCGGUUUGUUGUGGUCCUACCAGGGUUUUUGUGGAUAGGGAGUUGAAAGCCUUUUUGGAAUACGGACAAUCCUUUGCCAAUCGCCUGCGUCGAGCUCCCUGCCAACCGACAUCUGUUUGUGGUCAGAAUAUUGUCAGUGCCAUCGAGAGAUCGGAGAAUGGUCAGAUAUGGAUUGCUGAUAAGGGUGGCUUGGAACUGGUCAAAUUGCAUUGGUACUGGCAUAUGGCCGAUCAGUUUGUCCACUAUAUGCAAAGCAACGACGAAGAAGAUCAGGAUUCAUUUUAAAUCAAAUAAAAACAA